AUGGGUCCUUUCAUUUUGGCUCUUUCUGUAAUCGAGGCCAAGUUAAACAAGGGCCUCCAGAAGCGCAGAAAAAGAAGCAGCACCAGAAUCUGCAGUGAGGGCGCCAAAGACUUCAGCUCAGCAGGAUCCUCUGAGGCUGCUACUGAGGCCGGGAACGGUACCUGCCACGAUCCAGAAAGUGCUCACCGAUGCAGAGGGGAGUGUGCAGACCUGCGGACCGAAAUCGCUAUUGUCUUGGAUGGUUCUGGAAGCAUCGAGGCGGAAGAUUUCAUCUGGGCCAAGGAGUUCAUCUAUAACGUGAUGAAGGCCUUCUACGAGAAGUGCUUUGAGUGUGUCUUUGCCUUGGUCCAGUAUGGAAACAUAAUCUGGACUGAAUUUGACUUGCGGGAAGGGAAGGUUGCUAAUGGUGCCUUGGAAAAAGUUCAGGCCGUGAAGCAAGUUUACAACGUGACUCGAACAGCAUCCGCCAUCCAACAUGUCCUAGAUUCAAUCUUCAAUGAAAGCUGUGGGUCGCAGAAGAAUGCUUCCAAGAAAAUUAUUGUGCUGACUGACGGGGAAACUUUCUUGGACACAUUGGACUUAAAGACGGUGAUCAGUUCAGAACGCAUGGCUGGAAUUGACCGCUAUGCUAUUGGGGUAAGCUCCAGAUUGCACGAGGAUCUUGUGUGUUUUAGUAUCUGA